GAGUCUAUGAUGCUUGACGCACAGGAUGGAACUCAAAGGCAAUACAACGAAUCAGAAUUAACUAUUAUAUUUAUGCAAAGUUUGUUUUACGUGAUCUCAAGAGAGACGACCACAUUUCAUUUUUCUGCAUUAUCUACAGUAUCUGACUUAUCCCUGUUUAUUUAAGAUAUGGCGUCUGAGUUCUGCCUCAGUUUCACCAAAUACUUCCUGUUCCUCUUUAACCUAAUGUUCUUUAUUUUAGGGUCACUAGUCUUAGCUUUGGGACUAUGGGUGCAAUUUUCAGAUGAAAGCAUUUUCAUGUCCAUCAUUUCCUACUUGUCCAUCUCUCUCUUCUCCAACUUAUUGAUCAUCUGUGGAUCUGUGACCUUGUCACUGGGCUUUCUGGGGUGUUUGGGAUCUCUGAGGACUGUCAAAUGCUUACUAGCAACUUACUUCAUUCUUCUGACGGUUCUUUUCGCGGCACAGUUAGUGGGUGGGGUUCUUCUCUACACGCAGGAGCCAGAGCUGGAGAAUAAACUGAAGGAGCAAAGUUUUUCACUAAUAAAGUCAUUUGGAAAGAAUUCCAGUCUUCAGAAUUUUGAGCGAACCUUUGAGUACAUUCAGCAGAAGGGCAAAUGCUGUGGAUGGGAGAACAAAGCCGACUGGCUUUCUGUACCCUGUUCAUGCUACUAUACAAACUAUACAGUUUAUGCCAAAAACAGCACAAUCCAGGAUCUAUGUCCCCAAUGUUCAUCAAAUGUUUCCAUUUCAAAUGAGAACUGCAAAAUUUAUGACCAGGGUUGCGGUAAAAGGAUACAAAAAUGGCUGGAAGAAAAUCAUCUCUUCAUGAUGGUGGUUAUUAUAGCCAUUGCUGCAGUGGAGAUAUGUGGUAUGAUCCUUUCGAUGUAUCUGUAUAAAGAAAAUUCUGUGGAUUACAGCACAUUUCCGUAUUAAGAUUGCCAGAGACCACCGAGGGGAAAAUACUGCUUUCUGUCAUUCAUAAAUGUGAUCGUUUGUUACUGGAAUUUUGUUGGGAUUAUUACUUUUCUGUACAGCGUUCAGUAUAUUUUUAUACAAUUCAUACCGAUCCAACAAACUCCAACCAACACUAACAUUGCAAUUUACAUUUGUUGGAAUAUUUUUGAUCAAUGUUAGUUUAUUAGUGUUUUGGUGUUUGUUGAAUCAGUGUGAAUUAUAGGUCAAUCACUUUUAGAUGACAAAAAACAUUACUUUUUUCUAAUAUACUUAUUCAGUAUAAGAAGUUCACUUUGUGUUUAUAAAGAAUUACAUCUUCUGGAAAUCUGUUCAUGUAAAAUUAAAAAAAAAAGAAACUUUUUAUAGUACAAAAUGAAUCUGUUGUUGCUGUAAACAAGAAUGUUUGUGUUUUCUCAAAGAGGUUUUGCUUUAGCCAUAGGGUAUAACCAGCACAUCAGGGUGGGACAGUGUAAUGUUUCACCAUUGUUCUGCACACAAAGCCUAUGACCUGAAUAUUGUGGCAAACUGUGAGAAUCAUGUCUUUUAUAUCUAAAUUAUUAAAUCUCAGUUUGUACCUUAAUAUAUUUCAUUUUUAACAACAUUUCAAGCUUAAUCACAGUUAUAGUAUUAUGUACAUGGUCAGCUUUUGACUGAGGUUUUUAUCAUUUUUAAAGAUGUCAGUGUAUUCAAUAAGUCAAUAAAGCUAAAGUAAUUGUUAAGAAACUGUUGUUAUUGAAAGAAAUGUGAAUAAAAUGACCAUUUUAAAGUUGAUUUUAUGCUAUUAGAGCUGAUUUAAAAAUAGUAUUUUUUCUGAAGAUCUGGCACAGAAGAUACAGAAGAUAUGUGAUACUCCUGAGCCAGUAUAAUAGGUCAGGUAGGCGGACACCCACAUGUCAUAUAUAUACAAAGUGUAUGCUGUGUUGAUCUUUUAGAUCAUUUCUCGAGGAACAGUUCAGAUUAAGAAGGUAAGAGAUUUAAUAUCAUGUCAGAUCGUAUUUAUUAUUUUUGACUUACAUUGAUAAAUCUGUACUAUUUCUUAACCUUCACAUGCACUGUUGCUAGGUUUCUGUUCCACAUUGAAUAAAUUAUUAUUGUUUUUUUUUCAAUUAGACUAGUUUAAACCAAAAACAUGGAAUCUCGUGCAUUGGUUCUGUUGGUGUUUUUAGGUGUCGUCUGCGGCACUGAGAUGUAACCACUGCAAAAAGAUCAACAAAGAAUAUCCCAACUGUGAUCAAGAUGAAAUAGAGGAGACAGAAUGCCCCUCUGGUCUCAAUAAAUGCAUUAGGAUCAUAAUGAAGCAUCCAGCCUACGGUGAGGUGCGCAGAUGUGCCACCGAAAAGGAGUGUGUUGCCGAUGUGCCUAGGCAGGUUAUAAAAGAAUGCUGCAAUGAUGACUACUGCAACUAACCGGCUCCAUCACCCACGUUUUUUUGCAAUAUGGUCUGUUAAAACCUUGAACUUGUACUUAAAAAUGCAUAGAUGUUGAGGUUAAGAUUGGUCUCUAUUUAAUACAUGUAAAUUAUACGAGAAAUAUUAUAAAUAAAAUCUGACCAGCAAAAGCAAGCAUUAAUGAUGACACUUUUUGUUGUUUCUUAAGCAUUUAUUAAUUGCCAUACAAUAGCAUGCAUGUGUCACAUGCACUGUUGAGUGGUUUAAAAAGGACAACUGUUGGACUUUGAAAUGAAACAGCUAGGUCAGCACUAACAUGAAGUGAUACGGACGCAAACAAAACAACUUCUCACCCAAGCCACACAAAAC